UAUAUUUUGAAUUGGUUUGUUUGUUCACGACUAACACUGAGCUACUUGUACACAACCACAGUGCUUCGAUUUGUUGUCGCCAUACAGCAAGGACAAAGGCUGUGACAUACACGAACUCGACAUGGAGCCGUUCGCUGCGGUCGACGUCCUCAAUACGCGCACGCUGCUGAUCGGCAUCGUGGUAUUUCUGGUCUUGUUCCGGACCCUUCGUCGACCACGCAAUCUACCCCCAGGGCCAUGGGGCUGGCCUGUGCUCGGAAAUCUCCCUCAAAUAAUGGCAUCGGGAGACAAAAUGCAUGAAUUAUUUUCAAAGUUGACGAAAAGAUAUGGCAACAUUAUACACGUCGAGGCGGGUGGCAUAUCAAUGGUGGUUCUCCACGGGCAUGACACAGCGAAAGAAGCAUUCUCUCAAUAUGAACUCAGCGCCAGACCCGAGCUUCAUAUCACCCACGCCGUUUGCCCAAGUCGGAUAGGCAUUCUGGAUUCUUCUGGUGAGGAGUGGGUAGAAAUCCGUCGUUUUUCCAUGACCGUGCUUCGAAGUCUCGGGGUUGGCAAAGCAAGUUUUGAACAGAACAUCUCCACUGAAGCAGGAAUCCUCAUUGAGGAAAUCGGGAAAUACCAUGGAAAGGCCUUCGAUCCAAAACACGCGGUAGGCAACGCCGUAUCCAACUUAAUCUGCUCGGUAGUGUUCGGUAAGAGAUUCCAGUACCAUGAUCCGGCAUUCCAACGCCUCUUGAAGCUUUUAUCGGACAACAUAACACAGGGAGGGGCCGCGGGCUUGCUUGAAACAUCCCCCAUAUUUUACAAACUAAGAAUGCUGCCCUUCGUGCGACGGUAUGUACAUGCGGUCAAUAAUUUCCACAAGCACUUCAACGUGCUCGUCGGGGAACACACUCACAAAAAGGACACCGAUAGCCCGCGUGAUUUCAUCGGCUUUUUCCUGAGUGAAAAAGAGAAGAAAGAUAAACAGGGCGUGGAGUCCCUAGCACUGCAGAGCGAGAACUUGCCGAAGAUUGUGAGCGACCUGUUCGGUGCUGGAUCGGAGACCACAGCCACCACACUCCGUUGGGCCAUGCUUUACAUGAUGGCCUACCCUGAGGUACAGACUCGGGUCCAGAAAGAGUUGGAUGACGUCACUAAUCGUAAUCGAAUGCCGAGAAUCGCUGACAAGCCUGAGCUGCCCUACACCGAGGCAGUGCUUUGUGAGGUUCAGCGCAUUGAAACCAUCGUACCAAUGUCUGUACCUCAUAUGUGUUCCGAUGAUACCACCUUGAUGGGGUACAACAUACCGAAGGGAACUUUGGUAUUCUCUAACUUGUGGCACAACCACUUUGAUCCGUCUGUAUGGGAGGAGCCAAAGAGCUUUCGCCCGGAGCGAUUUCUGGACAAAGAAGGAAAGUUUCAAUCGCGCGAGGAGCUCACGCCAUUUGGAAUAGGUCGCCGCAUCUGUAUAGGAGAGCAUCUUGCGAGGCAAGAGCUCUUCGUGUUAUUUACACACUUGCUGCAUCACUUCACCUUCAAGAACCCCGACGAUGCGCCUCCGAUAUCCUUCAAGGGAAUCCAUGGACUUGUGUGGACACCGCAGGACUUUACCGUGUGCGCCAUUGAAAGAAAUUGAUGGAAUCGCUUGUCUGAAAUGUCCUCUUGUUCCUACCUCCCUAUCCGAGGGCGAGGGGAUCGCUAAAUCCAAAGCGUGGGCACGCGGAAAUGCCGCCCUCGUGUCUCUGGCUAGUAUUAAAAUGUUUCAAAUGAGAGCUUAAAAAAAAUUGAGAUAGCAAGUACCCUUGGAUUGAAUUUACAUAUCUCCGACACAAAAAGUCCAUUUUUAAACUAGAGUAUUCAUGACUUUUAAAAUGUACUUCUUUUAAUAUUGAUUGUGACGCACAAACAAACACCCCACCCCACCAAAACCCUUCUAACAGCCAGGUAACAAUUUUUUAGUUUAAGCAACAUUUUGUUUGUCUUUCUCCAUGAUUUAACAUUGUCGCAGCAUUUAAGAGUUCAAAUUGCACACAAUUAAUUUGUUUAAUAUUAAAACAUAUUUUAUCUUCAAUGAAUCAAAUAUAUAAAGCGCAUUUAAAAAUAAUAAGAACAAGUAUAAAUAAUCACAGUUAAUGCUAGACUGAAAAUAAGUACUUUGUCGAAAACAAAAGUUGAAACAACUUUUACCGAUAAAUUAACAUCCGGAAGCGAAUCGAAGUGGAAAGCUCUCAUUGUGUCAUAAAGGAUGAUGAUGUUGCAACAUUACUGCCAUUUACCAUUAAUUAUAAAGUACAUGUAUUCACUAUUA